AUGACCAUGGCGACCGUGGCAGAGGACCAGCCGUUGCUCGUAGAGGACCCUCUCUGCGAGCAGGACCUGUCGAAGCAUUUGCUCGACUUUGACCCCAACGGCGACCCUGAGAACCCCAGAGAGUGGCCGACGCCCUUCAAGUGGACUAUUGUCGGUCUGCUGGCCCUCACGGCCUUCACUGUCACCUUUACCUGCAUCUCUGUGGUGCCCGUCGCCGCACACAUCAUAGCGGACCUGGACCAGAAUGAGGGCGGAAUCAAUUCCCCCGCGGCCGCCCUGCUCGUCACUAUCUGGGAGCUGGGCGAGGCCGCCGGCCCCCUUCUCAUCGCGCCCCUGUCCGAGAUCUACGGCCGCUACCCCGUCAUGAACGCCGCCAACAUCCUCUUCAUCACCGCCACCGUCCUCGCCGCCCUCAGCACCAGCACCCCGCUCCUCAUCGCCGCCCGCUGCCUCACCGGCCUCGCCGUCGCCUCCAAUGUCCUGAGCCCCGCCAUCAUCGGCGACAUAUUCGCCCCGGACCGCCGCGGCUCCGCCAUGAGCUUGGUCAUGGUCGCGCCCCUCCUCGGCGGCGCCGUCGGCCCCAUGAUCAGCGGUGCCAUCGCCCAGACCCUCGGCUGGCGUCAGGUCCUGUGGAUGAGUGCUGCCCUCGCCGCCCUCUGCGAGCUGCUCUUCCUCACCUGCUUCCGCGAGACCUACAAGAUGACCAUCCUGCGCCGCCGCGCCGCCCGCCACGCCGAUGAGCACGGCCCGUCCCUGCACCCGGCCGGCGUCGACGACCACAGGGGUCUACUGAAGCUCUGGGAGUCGGUCAAGCGGCCCUUCCAGGUGCUCUUCCAGUCCGGCGUCCUGAUGGGCCUCUCCUUCUUCGGCUGCAUCACCUUUGCAUACUUUUACGUCAUGUCCGUCAGCCUGCCCAUCAUUCUCCAGGACGUCUACGGCUUCUCCCCCGCGCUCACCGGCCUUUCAUUCAUGGCAUUCAGCAUCGGGUCCUUCAUCAGUGUCCUAGUUAGCAACUUCAGUCUGGACAGGAUAUACGUGGUGCUCCGCGGCAACGACGCGGUAGGACGCCCCGAGUACCGUCUCCCGCUGGCCAUCAUCGGCGCUUUCACCCUGCCCCUGUCCCUCAUCGCAUAUGGCUGGAUUGCAGAGCUACACCUCCCCGUGGGCUACCUCCUGCUAUCGGUAGCAAUGCUCGGCUUCACCAUGCUCAUGGCGUCCUUGCCGAUCUCGUCAUACGUUGUCGACGCUACUGGCCUUUACUCAGCCUCCGCAAUGACCGGUGUCAUCGUGACGCGAUGUCUCGCCGGCACCUUCCUUCCUCUGACCAGCGGGCCUAUGAUGGAGAGGUUCGGAUACGGUUGGGGAUUUACGAUGCUUGGGGUCUUGAGCAUUUGCCUGGCGCCCAUCCCGGCGCUUAUUAUGAGAUACGGCCACGUCUGGCGCCAAAAGUCGGAGUAUACGAGAGAUGCCUGA